AUGGCACAGAAAAACUACCUCGAGUGCUCACCGCGCAGACGCCUAGGUGAGCCCAGCACCGGUGCGCGCUUCUCCGGCCCAGUUCCUACCGCCGAACAGCUCGAGCAAGUCGGUGCUCGCCGUCGUCACAUCUCUGAUUACAUCGCCUUCAUACGCCCAGAGAUCAGUCACAUAAUCAGCGAGUAUGGAAGAGCUGCGAUCAAGAGAGUCUGUCAGGAACUCUACGCCACUGGUGUUCGAGCUACUCCGUCGCCGUGGUUUCGGCUGAUGUGCGAGCGCACCAUGUGGAGGUUGUGUUUUGACCCGCUUGGCGACGACGCCCCGGAAUGGCCAUGGGGACAUGUCAAGUAUCCUUCCGUGCUUGCUCAAGGGGAGCGGCCGAAUGGCGAAUUCGAAACAUACUGCCACCAACGGAUGGUUCGAGACGCUGGGGUCGCCAGAAUGAACGAGUUUCUCAAAGCGCAAGCUGGAGCCGCAGCAGCUGCCCGCGCUGCCGACCCCAACAACAAGUUCAUCGUCACAUCACAGGCUCCCCUCCACAACGACGGCGAUCCGCUUCCGUGCAACGCGGUCGGUCCCUUUGAAGUCGAACCAAAUGUCCCGUUGGAGCGGCACGUCGCCAAAGACCUGGCAGCCAUCAACGAGCUUCUUCCCCCAAGCAUCGCAGUCAAGAUGAACGCUACGAACAAGAGGGUCUUUGUCACCAUUGUUGAGUCUGAGCACAUUCACCCAAUUGUUUCUGCACGACAGACUCUUCUUGAGGUUUGGGAGAUUGUGCGGUCUUGGGAGGUGAUGAUCAACACUUCGGCUGAGGGUGAGGUGAAGACUCUACUCCAGCAUUUUCAGGGAGUCAAGGAGGACAGUGGGCUUUCGUGGAGCAGCUCAGUUGGUUGA